AUGACGACCACCCAGUACCGAGAAUAUCUCAACUUCGAAACUCCCGAGAAUGAGAAUCGCGCUUCGAAGCCUUCAAUCCGCAGGAGCAACUUCGAAUUUUGCGGAUUUAAUUUAAGGAUCAUUCGAUUCAUGGACGCUGAAAUGGGCGUUUCCUCAUAUGUCUGGGAAUCUGGGAUUGUGCUUUGCCGGUACUUCGAGAAAGAAAACAUCAGUUUUACUGGGAAGAAAGUGAUUGAGCUGGGGUCAGGCACUGGAAUCGUGGGGAUUUUAGCAACCUUACUGGGUGGAACUGUUACCAUGACAGAUCAACCAGAAAUUCUGAAGCAAAUAAACAACAAUAUCUCCAUUAACAUCCCUUUUGCCUGCAGGCACCGGUUAAAGGUUUGUGCACUGACCUGGGGUGAAAACCAAACUGACUUUGCUACUGACUAUGAUGUCAUCCUGGGUUCAGAUCUUGUUUAUUCCUCCUCUUCCUAUCCCGCGCUCGUAGAUACGCUGCGUUACCUCUGCAGCCAAGGGACUACAAUUUAUCUCGCUUCCGAGUUCCGAACUGGGAAUGGGUCCCUUCCUUUCCAUGAAGUGAUUCUGCCUACCCAUUUUAACUGCCAGAUUGUUGACAGAUUAGAGACUAAAUACAUAGCUGUGUACAAAUUGACCAAACUUCAUUCUCCUGACAAUAAGAAAUAA